AUGAACACCAACAAUGGGCAACACCAGAAGCGGAAGGAGAGGGAUCGUAUCUCUGACGAGAUUUUUCGUCUGCAAGUCGGGCGGAGUGAUGCAACAAAUGUCGGGGAUGGUGUUGUGGAAGGAAUGGCGCGGCGAGACGAAGCGGCCCAUGGCAAAGACGCGGUGAAGUUGAUGCAAGGACUAGUCGCCUCAGAACUGAGAAUUCAACCACCAUCGAAUGUACAGCAUAAUUAUUUGCCACUAUCUUCAACGGAGGGGCACGCAAAGGAACCAGCGAGCCAACGCCUAUCGGUCUGUCGACGACCGCCGGAGAAAGCGGCAGGUUGA